AUGCCUCCCCCGGCAGAGGACGCCAUCCGUGCCGUCUCCGUGCUGGCCACGCAACUCGGCAACCAGAUCUCGGUGCUGAUGCUGAAUUAUAUUAGCACUGCCAAAGAUCUGCCCAACGAGUUCCGCGCCCUCUCGCACACGUUCCUCGACACCUCUCGCACACUAUGGGCGAUUGAAACCGGCGUCAGCGAGCUGGCGGCCGCCAACCGCGCCCUGCCAGAGGUCAUCAUCAACGAAGUCGAGAAGAAAUUCGCCGCCGCAUACGCCGAAUUCCAGUCGCUCGAGAAGCUCAUUGGGAAGCUCAACCACUACGAGCACCGCGGGACGUGGGGGAAGCUGCAGCGCGGCCUGCACCGGCCAAGCCAGGAGCUGCACCGCAUCCACGAGUCGCUUAAAAAAACCAACGAGGCCCUCCAGAUCAGCGGCAUGGCCUUCCACUGGACUCUGUCCCAGGGAGACUCUCGCUCGGAGGAAUCGUUGGGCGGGGGCUAUGCGAGCCUUGCUGCUGCGCUGGACCGCAUCGGCAAAGGCCGGUCAACCGCGACGGUCGACAAGGUGAAUACUCCUGAUCCUGAUCGCUCGCAUGCUUCUGAAAACUCGCUGCGGUCGUCGUCGCCCUCUGUGCCUCCAAAGAACGCUCCCUCUGCCCCGAGCCGGCUCGGCCAGAACCCGUCUAUCGAGCAGAAGCAGCCUCCGCCGGACGAUGCUGAGACGAUUGCCGACGACAUGUCUUCGAUUCUAUCGCUGAACGGCUUCCUUGUCUCCCAGCCCGAUCGUGAGCCCGUACGAACCUCCUCUCUCCCUCAGCGCGGGCCUGUGGCCAGACCGGGUCCGACUACGGCGUCAAUCGCGGAGGUAUACAGCAGGCACAACGAGGUCUCUAGCCAGGCCAGUCGGUUUGCCAAACCGCAGCCUGAUACGCCAGCGCGGUAUUUGAAUGUGGCAGUGAGCCAGCAGAACACGGAUAGUAUGCGCCAGCUGCUGGCCCAAGGCGCAGACCCGAAUCAACAGACGAGCAGUGGCACGACGCUGCUCAUCCAGGCAAUCCGCGAGCGCACUCCACAUACCAUCCUGAACAUCCUACUAGCCGGCGGAGCAGACGCAAACCGGAAAGACAACUACGGCAAGACGGCGCUCUGCGAAGCGGUGCAGAGCAACCAGCCCGACAGCGUGGCCGCCCUGCUGGACCGCGGAGCAAACCCUAACUUGCCCGGCCCCGAGCAUGCCCUCUGGCCUGCAGUCUAUCGCCCCGACUGUCUGCGCAUCCUGCUCGCUCGCGGCGCAGACAUCAACAAGACUCCUGGUCUCAUGGAGCAGGCCACCAGCGUCAACAGCAUCGACGCCGUCCGAGUCCUGCUGCAGGCCGGCAUCGAUCCAAACUGCAAGAAAGACGGCAUCUACACGCCCCUGUGCUCCGCCAUCCGCGACGACCGCGCAGACAUCAUCUCCCUCCUGCUCGCCCACAAGGCAGACCCAAACCUCAUGGCCUCCGAAUACCCGGCCUGGAAAUGCAUCACCCACAACCGCCUCCACUUCCUGCCUGACCUCCUCGCCGCCGGCGCAGACCUACACAACCCCCCCGGAAUCGCCCAGUGCGCAGCAUCCCACAACAACCUCGCAGCCCUGACCUGGCUCCUCCAAACCGGCGGCGUCAAUCCAAACGACCGCACAAAGUCCGGCCACACAGCCCUCACAACCGCCCUCCGCGAUAACCGCCUCGAAAUGCUACAGUUCCUGCUCUCGCACGGCGCAGACCCGAACCUCCGCGGCCAAGACUGGCCCAUCUACAUGGCCACCAAGUCGCCGUCUUUGCUCAAACUGCUACUCCCGAAAGUCACGAACCUAGCCUCACAUAAAGGCGUCGUUGAGCGCGCCGUGCAGGCUAAUCAACUCGACAGCGUCAAACUCCUUCUCGACGCCGGUGCAUCCGCAGAGUGGAAGAACGGCGGCGUCUUCUCUCCUCUCACUACUGCUCUACGUGAAAGACAUAACGACAUCGUACACUUCCUACUCGAGCAGGACGAUGCCAACACCAAGGACGGCAGCAAGAACGGCAACAAUGGCAGCAGGUGCAGGGCAGACCCCAACGCCCCCGGCGAACACCUCCCCCUCGUCAAAGCCAUCCGCCGCUGCGACGACGGGGACCUUUCCAUGAUCUCGCUACUCCUCAGCAAAGGCGCAGACCCGAACAAAUGCUACCGCGACUGGAACGCGAUCAUGCAGGCGAUUGAGAACCGGGAUCUGGCGCUGCUGAAGCUCCUCAUUGAGAAGGGGGGCCCUGUGGACUUUAAGCAGAUGGAUGAGACGGGGAGGACGGUGUUGGAUAUGGUUGAGAGUGAUGGGUGGGCGGAGGGGAGGGAGGUUCUUGUGGCUGGACGGACUUGA